UGAUCAUGUCACGUCAUGUCAUAAGUUCAUAAAUGACAUAAACUAUCGUAAACAGUGAUGUUGACAGUGGGUACUGGUUAUUUCGUGUUCUGUUUUAUUUAUUAUUGAGUAUAUAUCAUUUAAAAUUUAUUUAACACUGUUUGAACUUUAUAACUUGUUUUUACGUGUAUAAACACAGUGAUUAUGUGGCGCAACACUACAUAACGGAGGUGACAUACCAACAUUUUUAAACGCCAAUUUUAUUUAAAAUGUAGUGUUUAUUUUGAUUUAUAUUUUUAUCAUGAUCAUAUUAAAAUUUAUUACUUUCUUUGCUACAUUGGUUUUGAUCAAUGCUCAAACUGACUAUGAACUACUACCGAACUGUUUAGAAAAUCAGGUCCCAGGCUUAGUUUUGGUCAGUACGAUUGAUGGACGAUUUUCCGCUCUAACCUCUGAAGGUACCCUACAAUGGCAAGUAGAGACCGACCCUGGACCUUUACUUGUUUCCAACAUCCACCACAUCGAAUUGUCAAACAAAGGGAAAUGGAUUCGAAUGAUCCCAUCUUUAAGUGGUUCUAUAUAUCAAUUUGAUGGCCACUAUAUUGACCCUGUAUCACUAUCAGCAGAGUCUUUACUCAAGUCGUCAUUUAAACACUCAGAUGACUUGGUUUUUGCAGGCGGUUUAGAGGUUACAACCUAUGGAAUAGGAUUUCGCACUGGAAAGAUAUUUUAUACGUGUUCCACGCAAAAUUGCAUUAACAACACGAACAGUGAAAGUGAAGCUGAGGACAUACUCCUUCUGGAAAGAAAUACACAAGUCGUAAGGGCGGUUGAAUCGCGAACGGGACAUGAGAGAUGGAACUUCAGUGUGGGUCAUCAUAAUAUAAAAUCAACCCAAGUUAGUUGUACCGACCCCACUACUAACCUAUUCAACUGGAAUGUCACUGCUAUAAUGCCAGAUGGGUUACUAAUAGCAUCCAAUUACCAAGAUAAUGUUAAAAUCACGUGGCAAUACCACUUCACAUCUCCGAUUGUCCGAGUUUGGAAAUGGAAUGGACACGAACUUACAGAAAUAGAUCUAUUUCAAUCAAAAAGUGAUAAAGAAGCAAGUGACACGCAAGUAUCACCCGCUAUCUAUGUCGGAAUGCACAAGAAACAGUUAUAUAUUCAUGAAUCGUUCGCAUGGCAAAAUAAGUUACAUUAUGGUACAGAAAUUGUUCAAACAGAACGUUUGGGUAGAAUACCGUGGAAACCAAUAUCAGCUUCCGGUCUCUUAACAGAAGACGAUUCUACCGCGACUUCAGUUUUAUAUAGCUCAGAAUAUGUUAACGGCCGUGGUUAUUACUUAUACAGCGAACAAGCAAUAAAACAAAAAAAUAGUGGCUUAUGUGAAAAUAAUAGUACACUUAGGUUCAAAGCUUUAACAUAUAAAGAGAAAGCAGACAGUAUUCGCUGGUUCCUUUCGGGAUGGUGGAAAGAAAUCGUAGUUAUUUUGCUAACUACAUCGCUUUUAUUUAACUUCAUGUUUCGAUCGCUUACCCGCCGCCAGCAACAAAAGCAAGUGAUUUUUGUGGAACGCCCUGUAGAAAUUCCUCAAAAGGACUCCUCGUCGUCCGACAGAAUUUCAGAAUCGUCGGACACAUUCUUCAGUUCGAGAUAUCUGCACGAUUUUGAAACCCUGCGAUGUUUGGGAAAGGGCGGUUUUGGAGUGGUUUUUGAGGUUAAGCAAAAAAUAGACGAAUGUAAUUACGCAAUCAAACGGAUCGUAUUACCCAACGAGAAAAAUAAAAGGGAAGCUGUAAUGAGAGAAGUCAAGGCUUUGGCUAAACUUGAACAUCAUAAUAUUGUUAGAUAUUUUAACUCUUGGGUAGAACAACCUCCGCCGGGUUGGCAGGACCAAUAUGACCGAGAAUGGAUAAAAGAAAGUAGUGAAUUUCCUUCAGAAAGUACAACGAAUCACAAUACCGCAUCUUGCGUUAGUAGCAGAAAUCAGUCCUUUGGGAUUAAAAUGGAAGACACGGAUUCGGCUGACAGCUAUAGAUGUGUACCCAGCAACAAAAGUAAAAGCGAGGAUUCGUUUAUCGUGUUUGACAGAAGCGAAGAAGAUGAUAAUUGCAACGAAACCAGCAGCACCAGUGAUACAGUCUCAUAUGACGGGUCGCAUAGCCCAGGGGUUGUAAAUUGGCGCAGACCUAGUAGACGCUAUCACUGUAUUAACGACAACACGCCAACUCUUGAAGACCCACCCGCGUUUCUUUAUAUUCAAAUGCAGCUAUGUCAAAAGCAGAGCUUGAGAGAGUGGCUGGUUGAAAAUAAAGAGCGCCACUUUUUCAAAACUUUGGACAUAUUUAAACAGAUCGUUUCGGCCGUGGAGUAUGUACAUCUUCAGGGAUUGAUUCACAGAGAUUUGAAGCCGAGUAACAUAUUUUUUUCUUUGGAUGGUCAAAUUAAAGUGGGCGAUUUUGGCUUAGUUAAAGAUGAAGAGGAAUCUCACGACGCUUCUAACGGAUUUAAUUCUUUGAGAGGUCACACAAGGGAAGUCGGUACACGACUGUACAUGAGCCCAGAACAAUUGAAUGGGCAAAAAUACAACUACAAGGUGGAUAUUUAUUCGCUUGGAUUGAUAUUUUUUGAGUUAUUGGUGUAUUUUUCUACUGAUAUGGAACGAAUUAGAACUUUGAUGGAUUUGAGGGAUCAUAAAUUUCCUAUAAAUUUCGUCGAAAACUAUGGAGAUGAGCAUAAUUUAUUGAAAAUGAUGCUUUGUCAGUUACCUGAAAAAAGACUUACUACCUUUGGGGUACGGGCAAGGCCGCCAUUAAGUAACUGUGAUAACGACUAUAAUAAAGCUUACGAUUUUGAGUUGCCAAAGACUAUCAGAAAUAUAGGCUUGUCAACUAAAACUUAAUAUGGAAAGCGAUGUCGAAACUGACUAUGUAUUUUAAAAAAUAUGGUAUAUACAAGUCCAAAGUUGUUGGCGCACCAUUAGCACUGUUCAUUUGAGGUUGCCUAGGAAGAAUUUGAAAAUAUUUAAUUUGCCGCUGUUUGCUGUGGUGCACUGAUACCUGAAACACUGUAUAUACUUUCAGCUGACUGACGCGAUUGAAACUGCUAGAAUUAGACAUUCCAAGGUAAAAUAUUUAUGUAUUUUGUUAAUAUCAGUAAAAUAAACUGGAGUGAGUAUUG